AUGCUUAGAACAAGGCUCCUCACGCUGAGGACAGGGUUCCUCACGCUGAGGAGAAAGUUCCUCCACGGUGAGGACAAGGUACCUCACACUGACGACGAGGUUCCUCACACUGAGGACAAGAUUCCUCACGCUGAAGACGGGGUUCGUCACGCUGAGGACAAGGUUUCUCAGGCUGAGGACAUGGUACCUCACGCUUAGGACAGGUUUCCUCACGCUGAGGACAAGGUUUCUCACGCUGAAGACUAGGUACCUCACACUAAGGACAAGGUUCCUCAUGCUUAGAACAAGGUCCUCACGCUGAGGACAGGGUUCCUCACGCUGAGGAACUGAGGACAAGGUACGUCACACUGUGGGCAACUUUCCUCACGCUGAGGACAAGGUUCCUCACGCUGAGGACAAGGGACCUCUCACUGAGGACAAGGUUCCUCAAGCUGAGGACAAGUUUCCUCAAGCUGAGGACAAGGUACCUCACACUGAGGAAAAGGUUCCUCAAUCUGAGGACAACGUUCUUCACGCUGAAAACAAGGUUCCUCACACUGAGGACAAUGUUCCUCAAGCUGAGGACAAGGUACCUCACACUGAGGACAAGUUUCCUCACGCUGAGGACAAAGUUCCUCACGCGGAGGAGAAGGUACCUCACACUGAGGACAAGGUUCCUCACGCUGACGACAAGGUUCCCUAAGCUGAGGAGAAAGUUACUCACACUGAGGAGAAGGUUCCACAAGCUGAGGACAAGGUACGUCACACUGAGGAAAAGGUACCUCACACUUAGCACAAGGUACCUCACUCUGAGGACAAGGUUCCUCAUGCUGAGGACAAGGUUCAUCAAGCUGAGGACAAGGUAGCUCACACUGAGGACAAGGUACCUCACACUGAGGACAAUCCUCCUCCGCUGAGGACAAGGUUGCUCCCGUUGAGGACAAGCUUCCUCACGCUGAGGACAAGGUCCUCACGCAGAGGACAAGGUCCUUCAAGUAGAGGACAAGGUUCCUCACACUGAGGACAAGGUUCCUCACACUGAGGACAAGGAGGACAAGGUUCCUCAGCUGAGGACAAGGUUCCUCACAGCUGAGGACAAGGUAUUUUCCACUGAGGACAAGGAUGCUCAAGCUGAGAACAAGGUACCUCACACUGAGGAAAAGGUCCCUCAAGCUGAGGACAACAUUCUUCACGCUGAAGACAAGGUUCCUCACACUGAGGACAAUGUUCCUCAAGCUGAGGACAAGGUACCUCGCACUGAGGACAAGUUUCCUCACGCUGAGGACAAAGUUCCUCUCGCUGAGGACAAGGUACCUCACACUGAGGACAAGGUUCCUCACGCUGACGACAAGGUUCCCCAAGCUGAGGAGAAAGUAACUCACACUGAGGAGAAGGUUCCACAAGCUGAGGACAAGGUACGUCACACUGAGGAAAAGGUACCUCACACUUAGCACAAGGUACCUCACACUGAGGACAAGGUUCCUCAUGCUGAGUACAAGGUUCCUCAAGCUGAGGACAAGGUAGCUCACACUGAGGACAAGGUAACUCACACUGAGGACAAUGCUCCUCCGCUGAGGAAAGGUUGCUCCCGUUGGGGACAAGCUUACUCACGCUGAGGACAAGGUCCUCACGCAGAGGACAAGGUCCCUCAAGUAGAGGACAAGUUUCCUAACUCUGAGGACAAGGUACCUCACACUGAGGACAAUGUACCUCAGACUGAGUUCAAAGUACCUCACACUGAGUCUAGGUUCCGAAUGCUGAGGACAAGGUUCCUCAAGCUGAGCACAAUGUACCUCACACUGAGGACAAGGUACAUCACACUGAGGACAAGGUUCCUCACGGUGACGACAAGGUUCCCCAAGUUGAGGCAAAGUACCUCACACUGAGGACAAGUUUCCUCAAGCUCAGGACAAGAUACGUCACACUCGGGACAAGGUACCUCACACUUAGGACAAGGUACCUCACACUGAGGACAAGGUGCGUCACACUGAGGACAAGUUUCCUCACGCUGGGGACAAGGUUGCUCGAGCUGAGGACAAGGUAGCUCACACUGAGGACAGGGUACCUCACACUGAGGACAAGGUUCCUCGCGCUGAGGACAAGGUACCUCACACUGAGGACAAGCUUCCUCAAGCUGCGAAAAAGGUACGUUACACUGAGGACGAGGUACUUCCCACUGAGGACAUGGUUCCUCACGCUGAGGGCAAGGUUCCUCACGCUGAGGACAAGGUAUUUCACACUGAAGGCAAGGUAUUUCACUCUGAGGACAAUGUUCCGGAAGCUGAGGACAAGGUUCCUCAAGCUGAGGACAAGGUCCUCACACUGAGGACAAGGUUCCUCAUGCUGAGGAUAAGGUUCCUGACGUUGAGGACAAGGUUCUCACGCUGAGAACAAGGUUCCUCACGCUGAGGACAAGGUUCCUCACACUGAGGAGAAGGUUCCUCAACUGAGGACAAGGUUCUCACGCUGAGAACAAGGUUCCUCACGGUGAGGACAAGGUACCUCACACUGAAGACAAGGUUCCUCAAGCUGAGGACAAGGUUCCUCAAGCUGAGGACAAAGUACCUCACGCUGAGGACAAGGUUUCUCAAGCUGUGGAGAAGGUAACUCACACUGAGGUCAAGGUACCUCACACUGAGGACAAGGUUCCUCAUGCUGAGGAGAAGAUUCCUUAAGCUGAGGAAAGGGUACUUCACACUGAGGACAAGGUUCCUCAUGGUGAGGACAAGGCACGUCACACUGAGGACAAUGUACCUCGCACUGAGGACAAGGUUCCUCACGCCGAGGACAAGGUUCCUCACGCUGAGGACAAGGUACCUCACAAUGAGGACAAGGUUCCUCAGGCUGAGGACAAGGUUCCUCAAGCUGAGGACAAGAUACCUCACACUGAGGACUAGGUACCUCACAUUGAGCACAAGGUUCCUCACGCUGAGGACAAAAUACCUCACACCGAGGACAAGGUACCUCACAGUGAGGACAAGGUUGCUCACGCUGAGGACAAGGUACCUCACGCUGAGGUCAAGGUUCCUCAAGCUGACGACAAGGUACCUCACACUAAGGACCAGCUCCUCAAGCUGAGGACAAGGUACCUCCCGCUGAGGACCAGGUACAUCACACUGAGGACUCAGGACAAGGUUCCUCAAGCUGUGGACAAGGUACCUCACAUUUAGGACAAGGUAACUCCCACUGACAGAGGACAAGGUUCCUCACGCUGAGGACAAGGUCCUGACGCUGAGGACAAGGUUCCUGACGCAGAGGACAAGGUUCCUCACGCUAUGGACAAGGUACCCCACACUGAGGACAAUGUUCCUCACGCUUAGGACAAGGUCCUCACGCUCAGACAAAGUUCCUCACGCUGAGGACAAGGUCGUCACGCUGAGGACAAAUUUUGUCAGGGUGAGGAGAAGGUACCUCACACUGAGGACAAGGUUCCUCACGGUGAGUACAAGGUACCUCACAUUGAGGACAAGGUUCCUGAAGCUGAGGACAAGGUUCCUCACUCGGAGGACAAGGUUCCUCACGGUGAGGACAAGGUGCGUAAAGGUGAGGACAAGGUUCUUCAAGCAGAGGACAAGGUUACUCACGCAGAUGACAAGGUUCCUCGAGCUGAGGUCAAGGUGCCUCAAACUGAGGACAGGGUUCCUCACGCAGAGGACAAGAUUCCUCAAGCUGAGGACAAGGUACCUCACACUGAGGACAAGGUUCUUCACGCUGAGGACAAAGUUCCUCACGCUGAGGACAAAGUUCCUCACGCUGAAGACAGGUUUCCUCACGCUGAGCACAAUGCACCUCACACUGGGGACAAUGUUCCUCAAGCUGAAGAGAAGGUACCUCACGCUGAAGACACGGUUCCUCACGCUGAGGACAUGGUUCCUCACGCUGAGGAGAAGGUUCCUUAUGCUGAAGGCAAAGUUUCUCACGCUGAGGACAAGGUACCCCACACUAAGGACGAGGUAGUCACACUGAGGACGGGGUUCGUCACGCUGAGUACAAGGUUUCUCAGACUGAUUACAUGGUACCUCACGCUGAGGACAGGGUUCCUCACGCUGAGGAAAAGGUUCCUAACGCUGAGUACAAGGUACCUCACGCUGAGGACAAGGUAUCUCACGCUGGGGACAAGCUUCCUCAAGCUGAGGAAAAGGUUCCUCACACUGAGGACAAGGUACCUCGCACUGAGGACAAGGUUCCUCAUGCUGAGGACAAGGUUCACGGGACAAGGUUCCUCAGCUGAGGACAAGGUCUCACGCUGAGGACAAGGUGGACAAGGCCCUUCGAGCUGAGGACAACGUUCCUCACGCUGAGGACAACGUAUCUCACAAUGAGCACAAUGUCCCUCAAGCUAAGGACAAGGUACCUUACACUGAGGACAAGGUUCCUCACGCUGAGGAGAAAGUUCCUCACGCUGAGGAAAAUGUUCCUCACGCUGAGGACAAGGUUCCUCACGCUGAGAACAGGGCACCUCACACUGACGACAAUGUUUCUCAAGCUGAAGACAAGGUACCUCACACUGAGGACAAAGUCCCUCAUGCUGAGGACAAGGUUGCUCACGCUGAGGACAAGGUACAUCACACUGAUGUCAAGGUACCUCACACUGAGGACAAGGUUCCUGAUGCUGACGACAAGGUUCCUCAAGCUGAGGACAAGUUACGUCACAGUGAGGACAAGGAUGCUCACGCUGAGGAAAAGGUUCCUCGCGUUGAGGACAAGGUACCUCACACUGAGGACAAGGUUCCUCACGCGGAGGACAAGGUUCUUCACGCUGAUAACAAGGUUCCUCAAUCUGAGUACAAGGUACCUCAAACUGAGGACAAGGUUCCUCACGCUUAGGACAAGGUUCCUCGCGCUGAGGACAAGGUACCUCACACUGAGGACAAGGUUCCUCACGCGGAGGACAAGGUUCUUCACGCUGAUAACAAGGUUCCUCAAUCUGAGUACAAGGUACCUCAAACUGAGGACAAGGUUCCUCACGCUUAGGACAAGGUUCCUCGCGCUGAGGACAAGGUACCUCACACUGAGGACAAGGUUCCUCACGCGGAGGACAAGGUUCUUCACGCUGAUAACAAGGUUCCUCAAUCUGAGUACAAGGUACCUCAAACUGAGGACAAGGUUCCUCACGCUUAGGACAAGGUUCCUCGCGCUGAGGACAAGGUACCUCACACUGAGGACAAGGUUCCUCACGCGGAGGACAAGGUUCUUCACGCUGAUAACAAGGUUCCUCAAUCUGAGUACAAGGUACCUCAAACUGAGGACAAGGUUCCUCACGCUUAGGACAAGGUUCCUCGCGCUGAGGACAAGGUACCUCACACUGAGGACAAGGUUCCUCACGCGGAGGACAAGGUUCUUCACGCUGAUAACAAGGUUCCUCAAUCUGAGUACAAGGUACCUCAAACUGAGGACAAGGUUCCUCACGCUUAGGACAAGGUUCCUCGCGCUGAGGACAAGGUACCUCACACUGAGGACAAGGUUCCUCACGCGGAGGACAAGGUUCUUCACGCUGAUAACAAGGUUCCUCAAUCUGAGUACAAGGUACCUCAAACUGAGGACAAGGUUCCUCACGCUUAGGACAAGGUUCCUCGCGCUGAGGACAAGGUACCUCACACUCAGAACAAGGUACCUCACGCUGAGGACAAGGUUUCUGACGCUGGGGACAAGCUUCCUCAUUAGAUCAAAGUUCCUCACGCUGAAGACAAGGUUCCUCACGCUGAGGAGAAGGUUCCUCAAGCUGAAAAAAAGGUUGCUCACGCUGAGAACAAGGUACCUGACACUGAGACCAAGGUACCCCACGCUGAGGUCAAGGUUCCUGACGCUGGGGACAAGCUUCCUCAAGCUGAGGAAAAAAGGUACCUCAGACUGAAGACAAGGUAAAGGUUCCUCGCGCUGAGGCAAGGAACCUCACACUGAGGACAAGGUUCCUCAAGCUGAGGACAAGGCACCUCACACUGAGGAUAAGCUUCCUCAAGCUGCGAAAAAGGUACGUCACACUGAGGACGAGGUACUUCCCACUGAGGACAGGGUUCCUCACGUACAGGACAAGGUUCCUCACGCUGAAAACAAGGAUCCUCACGCUGAGGACAAAGUUCUGAUGCUGAGAACGAGGUUCUUCAAGCUGAGGACAAGGUUCCUCACGAUGAGGACAAAAUACUUCACACUGAAGGCAAGGUAUUUCACACUGAGCACAAUGUUCCGGACGCUGAGGACAAGGUUCCCCAAGCUGAGGAGAAGGUACCUCACGCUGAGAGCAAGGUUCCUCACGGUGAGGACAAGGUACCUCACACUGAAGACAAGGUUCCUCAAGCUGAGGACAAGGUUCUCAAGCUGAGGACAAGGGACGUCACACUGAGGACAAGGUUUCUCAAGCUGAGGAGAAGGUGCCUCAAGCUCAGGAGAAGGUGCCUCACACUGAGGACAAGUUUCCUCAAACUGGGGAGAAGGUAACUCACACUGAGGUCAAGGUACCUCACACUCAGGACAAGGUUCCUCAAGCUGUGGACAAGGUACCUCACAUUGAGGACACGGUACCUCCCACUGAGAGCAAGGCUCUUCACGCCCAGGACAAGGUUCCUCGCGCUGAGUACAAGGUUCUUCACGCUGAGGACAAGGUCCUCAAGCUGCGGUCAAGGUUCCUCAAGCUGAGGACAAGGUACCUCACACUGAGGACAAGCUACCUCAAGGUGAGGCCAAGGUACCUCCCGCUGAGGACCAGGUACCUCACGCUGAGGACAAGGUCCCCCACACUGAGGUCAAGGUACCUCACACUGAGGACAAGGUUCCUCAUGCUGAGGAGAAGGUUCCUCAAGCUGAACAAAGGGUACUUCACACUGAGAACAAGGUUCCUCAAGCUGAGGACAAGGCACGUCACACUGAGGACAAUUGUACCUCGCACUGAGGACUAGGUUCCUCACGCUGAAGACAAGUUACCUCACAAUGAGGACAAGGUUCCUCACGCUGAGGACAAGGUUCCUCAAGCUAAGGACAAGGUACCCCACACUGAGGACAAGCUACCUCUCACUGAGGACAAGGAUCCUUACGCUGAGGACAAGGUUGUUCACGCUGAGGACAAGCUUCCUCUGGUUGAGGACAUGGUCUUCACGCAGAGGACAAGGUUCCUCAAGCUGAGGACAAGGUUCCUCACCCUGAGGACAAGGUACGUCACACUGAGGACGACGUAGCUCACACUGAGGACAAGGUUCCUCAAGCUGAGGUCAAGGUUAUUCAAGCUGAGGACAAGGUACCUCACACUUAGGACUAGGUACCUAACAUUGAGGACAAGGUUCCUCACGUUGAGGACAAAAUACCUCACCCGAGGACAAGGUACCUCACAGUGAGGACAAGCUUCCUAACGCUGAGGACAAGGUCCUCACGCAGAGGACAAGGUACCUCAAGCUGAGGACAAGGUUCCUCACGCUGAGGACAAGGUAUCUCACGCUGCGGUCAAGGUUCCUCAAUCUGAGGACAAGGUACCUCACACUGAGGACCAGCUACCUCAAGGUGAGGACAAGGUACCUCCCGCUGAGGACCAGGUACCUCACAUUGAGGACAAGGUCCCUCACGCUGAGGACAAGGUACAUCACACUCAGGACAAGGUUCCUCAGCUGUGGACAAGGUACCUCACAUUGAGGACACGGUACCUCCCACUGAGACAAGGCUCUUCACGCCCAGGACAAGGUUCCUCACGCUGAGCACAAGGUUCUUCACGCUGAGGACAAGGUCCUUACGCUGCGGUCAAGGUUCCUCAAGCUGUGGACAAGGUACCUCACAUUGAGGACAGGUACCUCAAGGUGAGGCCAAGGUACCUCCGGCUGAGGACCAGGUACCUCACACUGAGGACAAGGUCCCUCACGCUGAGGACAAGGUACAUCACACUCAGGACAAGGUUCCUCAAGCUGUGGACAAGGUACCUCACAUUGAGGACAAGGUACCUCCCACUGAGAGCAAGGCUCUUCACGCCCAGGACAAGGUUGCUCACGCUGAGGACAAAGUACCUCACACUGAGGACAAGGUACCUCACUCAGAGGACUACAUUCCUCACGCUGAGGACAAGGUUCCUCACGCUGACGACAAGGUUCCUCACGCUGAGGAAAAGGUUCCUCAUGCUGAGGGCAAAGUUUCUCACGCUGAGGACAAGGCACCUCACACUGAGGACAAGGUAGUCACACUGAGGACGGGGUUCGUCACGCUGAGUACAAGGUUUCUCAGCCCGAGGACAUGGUACCUCACGCUGAGGACAGGGUUCCUCACGCUGACGACAGUGUUCCUGACGCUGAGGAAAAGGUUCCUAACGCUGAGUACAAGGUACGUCACGCUGAGGACAAGGUAUCUAACGCUGGGGACAAGCUUCGUCAAGCUGAGGAAAGGGUACCUCACACUGAGGACAAGGUACCUCACACUGAGGACAAGGAUCCUCAUGCUGAGGACAAGGUUCAUGACGGCGAGGACAAGGUUCAUCAUGCAGAGGACAAGGUGGCUCACGCUGAGGACAAGGUACCUCACACUAAGGACAAGGUCUUUCAAGCUGCGGGCAACGUUCCUCACGCUGAGGACAACGUAUCUCACAAUAAGCGCAAUGUCGCUCAAGCUGAGGACAAGGUACCUCACACUGAGGACAAGGUUCCUCACGCUGAGGACAAAGUUCCUCACGCUGAGGACAGGUUCCUCACGCUGAGGACACCUCACACUGAGAACAAUGUUCCUCGAGCUGAAGACAAGGUACCUCACACUGAGGACAAAGUCCCUCACGCUAAGGACAAGGUUGCUCACGGUGAGGACAAGGUACAUCACACUGAUAUCAAGGUACCUCACACUGAGGACAAGGUUCCUCAUGCUGACGACAAGUUUCCUCAUGCAGAGGACGAGGUACGUCACAGUGAGGACAAGGCUGCUCACGCUGAGGAAAAGGUUCCUCACGCUGAGGACAAGGUACCUCACACUGAGUACAAGGUUCCUCACGCGGAGGACAAGUCUCCUCACGCUGAUAACAAGGUUCCUCAAUCUGAGUGCAAGGUACCUCAAACUGAGGACAAGGUUCCUUACGCUGAGGACAAGGUUCCUCACGCUGAGGACAAGGUACCUCACACUCAGAACAAGGUACCUCACGCUGAGGACAGGGUUCCUGACGCAGGCGACAAGCUUCCUCAAGGUGAGGAAAGGGUACCUCACACUCAGGACAAGGUUACUCACGCUCAGGACAAGGUUCCUCACGCUGUGGACAAGGUACCUCACAUUGAGGACAAGGUACCUCCGACUGAGAGCAAGGCUCUUCACGCCCAGGACAAGGUUCCUCACGCUGAGGACAAAGUACCUCACACUGAGGACAAUGUAUCUCACUCUGAGGAAAAGGCUCGUCACGCUGUGAACAAGGUUCCUCACGCUGACGACAAGGUUCCUCACGCUGAGGAAAAGGUUCCUCAUGCUGAGGCAAAGUUUCUCACGCUGAGGACAAGGCACCCACACUGAGGACAAGGUAGUCACACUGAGGACGGGUUUCGUCACGCUGAGUACAAGGUUUCUCAGCCCGAGGACAUGGUACCUCACGCUGAGGACAGGGUUCCUCACGCUGGGGGAGAAGCUUCGUCAAGCUGAGGAAAGGGUACCUCACACUGAGGACAAGGUACCUCACACUGAGGACAAGGAUCCUCAUGGUGAGGACAAGGUUCAUGACGGCGAGGACAAGGUUCCUCACGCAGAGGACAAGGUGGCUCACGCUGAGGAGAAGGUACCUCACACUAAGGACAAGGUCUUUCAAGCUGAGGGCAACGUUCCUCACGCUGAGGACAACGUAUCUCACAAUGAGCGCAAUGUCGCUCAAGCUGAGGAGAAGGUACCUUACACUGAGGACAAGGUUCCUCAUGCUGAAGACAAAGUUCCUCACGCUGAGGACAAAGUUCCUCACGCUGAGUACGUGGUUCCUCACGCUGAGAACAGGGCACCUCACACUGAGAACAAUGUUCCUCAAGUUGAAGACAAGGUACCUCACACUGAGGACAAAGUCCCUCACGCUAAGGACAAGGUUGCUCACGGUGAGGACAAGGUACAUCACACUGAUGUCAAGGUACCUCACACUGAGGACAAGGUUCCUCAUGCUGACGACAAGUUUCCUCAAGCUGAGGACAAGGUACGUCACAGUGAGGACAAGGCUGCUCACGCUGAGGAAAAGGUUCCUCACGCUGAGGGCAAGGUAACUCACACUGAGGACAAGGUUCCUCACGCGGAGGACAAGUCUCCUCACGCUGAUAACAAGGUUCCUCAAUCUGAGUGCAAGGUACCUCAAACUGAGGACAAGGUUCCUCACGCUGAGGACAAGGUUCCUCACGCUGAGGACAAGGUACCUCACACUCAGAACAAAGUUCCUCACGCUGAGGACAGUGUUCCUGACGCGGGGGACAAGCUUCCUCAAGGUGAGGAAAGGGUACCUCACACUCAGGACAAGGUUACUCACGCUCAGGUCAAGGUUCCUCACGCAGAGGACAAGGUUCCUCACGCUGAGGACAAGGUACCUCAAACUGAGGACAAGGUUCUUCACGCUUAGGACAAGAUUCCUCACGCUGAGGAGAAGGUUCCUCACGCUGAGAAGAAGGUUGCUCACGCUGAGAACAAGGUACCUGACACUGAGACCAAGGUACCUCACGCUGAGGACAAGGUUCCUGACGCUGGGGACAAGCUUGCUCAAGCUGAGGAAAAGGUACCUCAGACUGAAGACAAGGUACCUCACCCUGAGGACAAGGUUCAUGACGGCGAGGACAAGGUUCCUCACGCUGAGGACAAGGUUCCUCGCGCUGAGGCAAGGAACCUCACACUGAGGACAAGGUUCCUCAAGCUGAGGAAAAGGUACCUCAGACUGAAGACAAGGUACCUCACCCUGAGGACAGGGUUCAUCACGCCCAGGACAAGGUUCCUCACGCUGAGGACAAGGAUCCUCACGCUGAGGACAAAGUUCUGA